GAAUGGGUCACUAGAAUGCCAAUGAGCGAUUUCAUGACAAUGCUACACUUUUGAAUGUUAAACAGCGAUUAUUUUUUAUCUCAUGUGUAGAAUGUGAAUGUUUUCAUGAGGUGCAGGCAUCACUCACUCCUUUUUCUGUAACGUGUAGUGUGUCAUUUUUUCCUUCUUGAUGUGCAAGGAUUUUUAGAUUGAAAGGGAAGCUGCGUGUGGUCACCAACGGUGCAGUGCAUUGCAUCCCCAUCAUAUCCUUAACAGAAGUAACCCAAUUAAGGGGGGGUUCAUGUUAAAGCACGUGAGGCCCCUCGCAUUGAAAUUGAACCUUUACUAGUUAUAGUUAUUAAAAUUUGUUAAUUGUAACGCGUAUAGUAGAGAAAAAUAGGAUUGGCUUUAUCCAUAACCAACCCAAAAGCAAUUAUAUAAACAAAUGACAAUAAGGAAUAGUCAAAGAGUGUGAAUGAAAGAAAAAUCGCAAAACAGAGAGAGAAAGAAAACAGAGCAACAUUCAAUGGCGUCUAGGAAGGGCUUCCUUUCGAAAGUGAGUUCCAUGUUUGCAUCAUCAAGCACCGAUUUGGAGCCCAAAUCCACAGAUGGUGACUUGGAAUUGGAUGAAGCUGACGUGUUCAACUGGAACAUGUCCAAUGACUACAACAACAAGAACACUGUGACAGAGUCGAAGAAGAGGCCACGAUCUGGUAAGAAGAAAAAGGUGGAGGGUGGUGGUGGCAAAGUGAACCCUGUGGCCUCGUCCUCAAUGCCAGUGGCUAUUCCUGAUUGGUCCAAGAUUCUGAAGGAGGACUUCAAGGAGCACGAGAAGAGAGACUUUGUUAGUGACGACGACGAUGAUCAUGACCACGAUCGUAGAGAACCAGUGCCUCCUCAUGAGUAUCUUGCUAGAACCAGAGAAGCUUCUCACUCAGUUCAAGAAGGGAAAGGAAGGACCCUCAAGGGUAGGGACUUGCGCAGUGUCAGAAAUUCCAUUUGGAAGAAAUUGGGGUUUGAAGAUUGAUUCAUUCAUUAAUUAGAUUAUAUUAGUAUAGACUAUAGAGUAAAUUGGUACUAGUGUCACACGGAUAUGAACAUUUGAUCUGAUUCCAUAACUUUUUUUUAAUUUUUGGUUUAGGUGAUCGAUUUAGUCAAAUGCAACCUAGUAGUUCUGUUAGGAAAGGUUUAUAUUUAUAAUUUUUUUUUUCUUUUCGGAUGGAUGACUCUUGGUUGUUAGGUUAUAUAAGGAGAUAUGUGAAGCCUCCUUAAUUUUGGAUGUUUAGAAGAAGGGAUCACUAAUCAUGCUUGUAAGUUGUAAUUACGUGUUUUCAACUAUUUAAAUGCCUACUUAUGAUCAUUUUAGUUCCA